GAGAGAAGGUGCAGUCAGUCAGUCAGGCAGAGAAACGUGCGGAGGUGGAAGCCACAACGGGAGCGCCUACCCUCGCAGUCCGCCCCUCGACCUCGGAGCCGCAGCCCGCGAGGAGCGUUCACAAUCACACCGGCCACCGCGGACCCUAGCGCUUUAGCCUUAUCCGUCCGAGCGCGCGCCCGAUGCAGACGGAGGCGCGCGUGGGCGUCGUCGUCGACGGCGGCGCCGCCGUGGGCCGGUGCCAGGAGCAGCGCCACAUCGGCACGGCGGCGCACCUCGCCGCCGGAGGCUUCGCGGGCGCCGUCAGCAAGACGUGCACCGCCCCCCUCGCGCGGCUCACCAUCCUCUUCCAGGUAGCUGGUAUGCAUUCAGAUGUUGCGACUCUAAGGAAGUGUAGCAUAUGGCAUGAGGCUUCACGAAUUUUUCGAGAAGAAGGGAUUGAAGCCUUUUGGAAAGGAAAUCUAGUGACAAUUGUACAUCGCUUGCCUUAUUCUGCCAUCAGCUUCUAUUCGUAUGAGCGCUACAAAAAUCUUCUCCAAACGGUUCCUGGCCUGGAUAGAGACUCAAAUAAUGUUGGUGUUGUACGUUUGCUUGGUGGUGGUUUGGCGGGAAUAACUGCUGCAUCUUUAACUUACCCGUUGGAUGUUGUUCGUACUCGCUUGGCGACGCAGAAAACCACUAGGUAUUACAAGGGCAUCUUCCAUGCGGUGUCCACAAUUUGUAGAGACGAGGGUGUCAAAGGAUUGUAUAAAGGCCUUGGGGCCACGUUAUUGGGAGUUGGACCUAGUAUAGCAAUCAGCUUUUCUGUCUAUGAAUCACUAAGGUCUUAUUGGCAAAUGGAAAGGCCCCAUGAUUCAACUGCAGUUGUUAGCUUGUUUUCUGGGAGUCUAUCUGGUAUUGCAUCAUCUACAGCCACAUUUCCCCUUGAUCUUGUAAAGCGACGGAUGCAACUUCAAGGAGCAGCUGGGACAGCGUCCGUCCAGAAAUCAACCAUAUCUGGAACUGUCCGUGAUAUCUUGCAGAGAGAAGGUCUCCGUGGCUUCUACAGAGGUAUCGCCCCUGAGUACCUCAAGGUCGUUCCUAGUGUUGGAAUCGCCUUCAUGACAUACGAGACACUGAAGGGCUUGCUCUCCAGCAUUGACAUAGACGAUGAGAGCUGAGGUUUCCCAUUAUACGAAGAGGUUAAACUUCACCGGAUUUUUUGGCCAUAGGUUACCAUCAGAAUGUAUGUAAGUGCAUCAGAGUGGUUACACGAACGGCAUUGUGGCAGUUUUGUAGUUGACGGUAGGUCAAAGCUUACCUGAGGUGUACAACUAGUCUUGUGUUGUACCAUAGGCUAAACAGAGCAAAUAAGCACUUCAUGAUGGAGUCUUCAUCUUGUGUUCCUUUGUACAUUAUGCUCCAUCAAGGAAGAGCAAAAAAAAAAAAAAAAAAAAGAAGAGGAAGAAGGUGAAAGUCAAUGAUUUUAUAGGU